AUGCAUGCCUAAACAGUCCCUCGACCUGAAGAAAUUGUGCUAUGUGAUAAUGACUUAAACAUACAAAGAUAACUAAGAUAAUGCGCUAAUGCCUAUCAAUUUACUCCAAAAGGUAACAAAUCUAGGCUUUAUCUUAAAUUAUAGGAAACUCUGGUUAAAGAACCAACAAGAAGAGCAGAUGCAAUUAAAGUUCUUGGAGAUCUAAGCUAGAAUGAAGUGUAUCCUAUCAUUUUCGAGAUUGUCAAAAAGGGAAUGUUAGAUCCAAAUCCAUAUGUCAGAAAAGUCUCCUACAUCAGCUUGAUUAAAUUAUCAUAAUAAACAGAGUUAUUGUACUCAGAUCAUGACGAAGACAUUUAACAGCUAAUAUCAAGAGGAAUGCAAGACUACAAUGUACUUGUAUUUACUUCGGCACUGAUAGCGGGUAGACAAGUUAUGCCUCUAAGUGAUUUUUUUAGAGUUUUACAUCCCUUUAUCAAAAGAUUAGUAGAAGUCCUUGAUGAAAUAGAUAAUUUUGUAUUGCCAAAUAUAACUUAAGUACUUGCAGAGUAUUCAUAUUACUUUCUACUAAAAUAAAAUGAUCAGCAGAUCCUGGAUGAAGUUUCAGCUUUAAAGAAGAGCAUUAAAAAAGCAAUGGAUGUUUAAUUGACUAAUGAUUCAUCUUUAUGCUUGCUAAACUUAUUUUUAUUCAUCUCUCAAGUAAAAGAUGUGGAGAUCGAUGAGUAAGAUCUCAUAUUUUCAGUCAAAAUUCUUAAAAGGGUAAUCUCAGGGUUUCAAUUCGAUCAAUUUCUAGCUUUAGAUACUCUUUAUUUGCUUAUCUUAUAAAACAGGGGAAAGGCAAUAUCAUAGAUUAAAGAUAUAACGAUUCUGUUGAAAAUAAAGGCGUCUGACAUGCAGAUUGUUGCAUAAAAGAAAAUUAAAAUACUUCAAGAAAUAUAUAUUCUGUAUGCCUCAGAAAUAUCUAUUAACGAGAUAAUCAUUCAAACUAGAUCACCUAAGAAGGAAAUAAGAUUAUCAGCUAUUCACUCAAUAGGAGAGUGUGGUAGAUUGCUAACUCUAUAGAAUGAUACUAAUUCAUUAUCCCCAAUCCAAACAUAAACAAUAGGCCUUAUUCUCUAAACAUUAAUUAAUUUAUUAAGAUAAAAAGAUGACCAAAUUAUGACGGAGACAAUAGUUGGACUCUAAAAGAUGAUAGUUAAAGGUGAUUCUGAGUAAAGUCACGCAAUCAUACUAUAUUGUGUCAAAAUCAUUGAUAAAAUUAGCUCUGGAAGGGCUAAGGCUACUAUGAUAUACCUGUUGAAGGAAUUUAUUGACAGAUUCCCUUCACUUUCAAGAGAAACCUUCAGAAGAUUGGUGGUUGGUUUCAUUAAUGAGACUGAUCAAGAUGUUAAAAUGCAGAUUAUGAAUCUAGGAUGCAAGGUCUUGCUUAAAAACAAAGAAGAGUAUAAUGUGAGAGAAAUUUUCAACUAUCUAUUGAAGGUUGCUUCGUAUGAUAAAUGCCUCAUUAUCAGAUAAAAAUCAAGACUAUUGUAGUAGCUUUUCGAUUAAGAUAACAACUUUGAAUUGGAGGAAUUAUUCAAAAGUGAGGAGAGGAACAUUAAUUAUUAAAUCGAGAAUGAUAGCCUGGCUUAAUUAAAAAAUGCCUCAAAUCUUCACUACUUAAAUGUAGGAACAUUUUAGCAAGUCCUGUCAGCUUAAGACAUUAGUUAAAUCUCAUAAUUUGAGGAUUUGUAGCUCAAUUAGGAUUAAAUUAUGGAUGCGCUAAGAUUAAGAUAAAAUAGGACUCAGAUUAUUUCACCACAUGAUUCAGCUGGCACUAACUCGACUAUCAGUGACUCUCCAAUUAGAAUCAAGUAGCAGACAGUUUAAGCGAUGAGUAGUGAGUAAUAUAAAAGUUUGGACCAAGCCAUGAAAAACAAUUAGACAUAGGAUUUCAAAAAGUCUCACUUUACUGUAAAAGAUAAGGACAUUUUGAAAAAAGACUAUGAAGAUUUCUUUAGCUAAGAUGAUACUCUAAAUGUUCCCUAAAAACUUAAUACAAAAAAGAAUUCUGCUAAUGAAUCACCUGGUAAGCAAGAAAAUUCUAAGAAAGUUACUAAAAAGGCUGUGAAUGAUGAUGACUACGAAUAUUAUGAUGAGGAUGGUGAAGGAGAUUAGACUGGUAAAUAAUGA